AUGGCUUUACAAAGGAAAGAUCAGGAUAUUUUGAAUGCGAUGUCUUUAGUGAAAUCUACCAAGCAACAAUUGUACAAGCUCAGGGAUAAUGGAUGGGAUUCAAUCAUUGGAAAGGUGAACUCCUUUUGCGAGAAAAAUAAAACAGAGUUACUCAUUAUGGAAGAAGAGUUUGUUAAUCCAAAGAAGCCAAGACAGAGAAGCAACAUAACAAACUUGCAUCAUUACCAAGUUGAAUGUUUUUACACGGUAUUGGAUAUGCAAAUUCAAGAGUUCAAUGAUCGUUUUGACGAGAUAAACACUGAGCUGCUUGGUUGCACUGCAUCUUUGAGCCCCAUUGAUUCAUUCCACCUGUUUGAUCAGUCAAAACUUGUAAGAUUAUCAGAGUUUUAUCCUGAAGAUUUUAGCUCCGUGGAACGGAUAUCUCUUGAGCAUCAACUUGGUAUUUACAUCGAUAAUAUCUCUGAAGAUCAAAGGUUUGCCAAUUUGGAGGGUCUUGGAGAUCUUGCAUGUGUGAUGGUGGAAACCAAAAAAACAUCUUUCACAUCCUCUUGUUUAUCGACUUUUGAAGCUAGUUUUGACUUUGCCUGUUGCCACCGCUACUGUCGAGAGAUCUUUCUCUGCGAUGAAAAUUGUGAAGACUACCUUACACAACCGAAUGGGUACAAAUUUUUUGAAUGCUUGUAUGGUUUGUUAUACUGA